AUGGAGGGUCUCCCAGAGCUACUGAUUGCAGAGAUUGUCAAGAGGAUCACCAGUACAACUGAUCGUAGUUCUCUUUCCCUCGUGUCAAAGCAGCUCUACACCAUCGAGGCGGAGCACAGGGAUGCUAUCCGCGUUGGCUGUGGACUUGACCCUACAACAGAAGCCUUGACAUCUCUGUUCUCCCGGUUCCCCAAUUUGUGGAAAGUAGAGAUCAAUUACUCUGGUUGGACACCCAGUCACGGGGACCAGCUGGACAACCAAGGCCUCCAUGUUCUAUCAUCUCACUGCCCCUUGCUAUCUGAUCUCACUUUAAGCAACUGCUUGUACAUUGAUGACACCGGUCUCGGCUACGUAUCAUCAUACUGCAAAAAGUUGAGGUCCCUCAGGCUGAACUAUGCACCAGAAAUAACUUCUAUUGGGCUUUCUCAGGUGGCGGUUAGUUGCAGGUAUCUUUCUGUUCUGCACCUUGUGGGCUGUACGGCAGUAGACAAUGUAGAGUGGCUGGAGUACCUUGGGAGAUAUGGAUCAUUGGAAGAACUUGUUGUAAAGGAUUGCAAUGGAAUCAACCAGUAUGACCUCCUAAAAUUUGGUCCAGGAUGGGUGAAUCUCCAAAAGUUUGAGUUUGAGAUUAAUGGAAACUACUGGAUGGGUGCGGUCCAGGAUCCUGCAUACAAGGUUGGCUAUCCGUAUAGAUAUGACAUCUGCUGCGAUAAUCUGAAGGAUCUUAGGUUGGCUCAUAUUGUAACCAUGCCAGAAAUUGGACUUCGUUUUCUCCUAGGGAAGUGCAAAGCAUUGGAGACACUCUACCUGGAAUAUGUUAUUGGUCUAGAUGAGAGUGAGAUGAUUGCACUAUUCCAGAGGUGUAGCAACCUUAAUACCUUAUCACUUCGGUUCAUGCCUCUGCGAUGUGGUUAUGAUUUUAGGACACCACUGACUGAUGACAGCCUCAAGGCGCUAGCUCUCAGCUGCCCUAUGCUUCAAGCUGUUGAGCUCACCUUCACAUUUAUCAAUCCCAUUUACCCAACUGAAAUAGGCUUCACGCAAAAGGGUAUUGUGACGCUCAUCCAAUCCUGUCCGAUUCGUGCCCUUGUGCUCAAUGGUGCCAUCAUAUUUGAUGACGAGGGGAUGAAGGGCAUCUCAUCCACACAGUUCCUAGAGACACUCGAGCUCGUGGAUUGCGAGUCCAUAACUGAUGCUGGGAUGAAUUUCAUUGUCCAGGCUCCUUGUUUGAGUAGUCUCACACUCCGGGAAUGUAAGAAUGUGACUGAUGCUGGAAUGGCUGCGCUGGUAAGUUCACAGAAGCUGGAGUCUCUGACCGUGAUUGGCUGCUGUCAGAUCUCCCAGGAGGGUGUGCGAGGGGCUGCCAAAACAGUUCGCUUUUCUGCGCAGAUUGAAAGCCACGACAGUCUGAAAGGAAUGAACAUGCACCGCAAUGGACGCCAGUCGACCUUGAAGGCGAUCUUUGGCUGUUAA